AUGGCUUCUCCGAUUCGAUAUCAAUUCACCCCGGGUCCUGUGGGCGAAAUGCUACGCUCCGCUUCUUUGGCAUCUACAGUGGCGAUUCCCCUGGGCGGAACUCUAGUCAUCACAACAGGACAUGUUGGGGUUGAUAUUACAACUGGACAACUAGUCACCAGCUCCAUUGAAGACGAGUUCAAUGCUGUAUUUGACUGCCUCGACGCAGCUCUCAAGAAUGCUGGAGUUGGUCAAGGUCUUGCAACCGCGCAUAAAUUGGUAGCGUACUUCACAAAUGCCGAGCACGAGGCUAAGAUGCUGGCCCUGUUUCGAGAGCGAUAUCCCGGUCAUACGCCAACAUUGACCUCGGUGGUGGUUGCGGCGCUUGUCAACCCCGGGAUGCAUCUAGAACUGCAAGCAGAAGCCAUCGCAGGCAACUAG